GCAGAUCCCGGGACGGAGGGGGCGGGGACUGCCGGGCCGCGCAGGAGUGGGCUGCCUGGGCCUCGCGCUCCCGCUCACUCGCGCCGCCGCCGCCUGCGCUCUCAGCACGGCUCGGAGCUGCUCGGCGCCCUAGCUGCCCGCCCGACCGGCCGCUCCGGCCCGCGGCGCCCAUGGCUGUGCGCGGCGCCAACACCUUGACGCCCUUCUCCAUCCAGGCGAUCCUCAACAAGAAAGAGGAGCGCGCUGGGCUGACCGCGCCGGACGGGCGCCCGCUGCCCGGGGGCACGGCGGUGACAGUGGCAGCGCCCGCUGUCUGCUGUUGGAGGCUUUUUGGGGAGACCGACGCUGACGCGCUGGGAGGUGUUGAGGACUCUCUGCUGGCGUCUCCGGCCCGUACCAGAACAGCUGCGGGACGGACUGCGGAGAGCCCGGGAGGCUGGGACUCGGACUCGGCUCUGAGCGAGGAGAACGAGGGCAAAAGGCGCUGCACCGAUGCCCCAGGGGCCAGCGGGGCCGGCCGCACCAGAGGAGCCCUGAGCCGCGGCCAGCCGAUCUGCGAGCUGCCCGCCUCCAAGGACCUGGACGAGGAAGCUGCGGGCCGGAGCGACAGCGAGAUGUCGGCCAGCGUCUCAGGCGACCACAGCCCAAGCGCUGAGGAUGACGGUGUUGGCGCCGGAGGUGCACGCGUGCCCGCGUUGUGCGGAGGAGCCGGCGGCGGGGGCAGCAGCGUGCCGGCGGGCUGCGUGGAGGAGGAGGAGGGGCCGGCGGCUCCCAAGCCCCGCAAGAAGCGCUCUCGAGCAGCCUUCUCCCACGCGCAGGUCUUCGAGCUGGAGCGUCGUUUUAACCACCAGCGCUACUUGUCAGGGCCGGAGCGUGCUGACCUGGCCGCGUCUCUGAAGCUCACGGAGACGCAGGUGAAGAUCUGGUUCCAGAACCGUCGCUACAAGACCAAGCGCCGGCAGAUGGCCGCCGACCUGCUGGCCUCGGCGCCGGCCGCCAAGAAGGUGGCGGUAAAGGUGCUGGUGCGGGACGACCAGAGACAGUACCUACCCGGCGAGGUGCUGCGGCCGCCCUCGCUUCUGCCACUGCAGCCCUCCUAUUAUUACCCUUACUACUGCCUCCCGGGCUGGGCGCUCUCCACGUGUGCGGCCGCCGCGGGCACCCAGUGAGCCCGCCGGGAGAGGCAACCAAGAUGCCCGCACCCAGCUCCUACGGCGGUGUGGACCGGGGUCGGUGCCGGGCGCUCCGACGCGGGGCGCGCGAAGGAUGCAAUGGGGCGCUGGCUCUGCCCACCCGGACUGCGCCCUGGCCCCGGACUGCGUGUGCCCAGAGGGGGCGCCUUUUUCUAACUGAACAAAGGCAUCCUAUGGCCUAGGGCCCUGCUCACCGCUCACCUGCCUAGAGGCCCUGGGACACUAUUUAUUACCACGACAAUGAUGGAUUUGGAUUUGGAUGAUGUCUGCCUGCUGGGGGUGACUUUUCCCCAGAGCAUGAACUCAUGGAGACCACAUCGCCUGAACCCAGAAGGUCAGGCCUGCUGGGAGCUUCGUGCGCUAGGCCACACUAACUAGUUCAUGGUAUCCAUGCUACCAAUCUAUGUGUAUCUACAUAUCUUUUAUUUUUGGAAAUUGCGUCUAUAACAAAGGGGUGAGGAACUUGGCCACGCCAGCCAGCGGUUGAUUCCAGCCGUGAAGGAUUUAGCUUCCAGGUCCCCACUCCACCUUCCUGAGUCAGAGCUCUGGUAGGGGCGCCCUAUUGGGUGCCCAAUGUAAGGAAGGGAGAGUAGAGCAGGUUAGGGGUCCCCAUUCCUUCCGUCUCUGGAGUCCAGGGCCCUCCCGGGGUGGGAAGCGUCAGGGAAGGCUGGAAAGAGAAGAGCGCGCACGCCUGGGCAGCCCUUUGCAGAAAGAAACUUUCCUUCAUUUCUUUUUAUUCUUUAAAGGAGAUUAAGACCCGUAGCACUUUUCAGUUGUUUGUAUUCAAAUGACGGUUAUUUUUGUACUCAAUGUGAAUAUCCCUGGCCCGCCUUUCCAGGGCGCCCUCGGCGGUGGCGCUGCCCGGCGCUAGGCCCCUCAUGUGCACCUCUGCGACUCUGGCCUCCUUGCCCGGAACUCCCUUGCCAGCCCUACACCCACCCUUAUGCGGGUGAUCCUACCUGGCCUGUCAGCCUCGCCGCUUUUCGCCCCCUUAAGGGCACUGUGCAACUAGAGUAUUAACUGUAAAAAUAUUU